GCGAGGCCGGCCCGGCAGUUCCGGGCUCCGCACACGCGGAUCGGGACGGCGGCGAGCGGGGACCGGCCCCGGCGUUGGGAUCGGGACCGUGGCACCGGCACCGGGGCAGCGCAGCGAUGCAGCCGCCGCCGCGCAAGGUGAAGCUCACCCAGGAGCUGCGGGUCCAUCUCCUGGAGCAGCUGUCGGGCCUGCAGAGCAAGCAGCAGCGGGACGCCGAGCUGCUGGAGGACAUCAGGUCCUACAGCAAGCAGAGGGCCACCAUUGACAGGGAGUAUGGGCAGGCGCUGCAGAGGCUGGCGAGCCAGUUCGUGAAGAGAGACUGGCAGCGGGGCCGUGGCGAGGCCGGCGACUCCAGGAGCGUGGCCGCUGUCUGGAAGGGCGUCAUCGAGGGGACAGCACACGCCGGGCAGGUCCGUGUCACCGCCUCCGAGAGCUACCGCGCCCUGGCCGCCGAGGCCGUCCGCAGCGCCCGCCUCUCCAAGGAGAGGACCCUCAAGAAGGGCAUCGAGCGGCUGCAGAAGGUGCAGGCGGAGCUGCUGGAGACGGUGAAGGAGCUGGACAAGGCGAAGAAGCAGUUCAGCCACCUCCAGCGCAGCAGCGAGGUGGCCAAGGACAAGGCGGCCGAUGUGGAGGCGCGCCUCCGGAAGAGCGACCGGCGGAUAUUUCACACCAAGGCCAGUCUGCAAAAGCUCAGUGCCAAGUUCUCAGCACGACUGGCCGAGCACUCGAGGCAGCUGGCAGGGGUGCAGAACGAGUACAGCUUCGCCCUGGUGUCUGCUGCUGCCCACCUGCAGCACUACCAGCGCGUGGAGCUGCCCGCAGCCAUGCAGGCACUGGAUGGGGACCUCUACGAGCGGCUCCGGGAGCACUUGUCGGCUGCCAGCCGGACGGAGGUGGAGACCUGCCGGGCCACUCGGGACUGGUUCCAGGGCGUUGUGGAGGCGUCUGCGCGGGUGUGCCGGGAGCAGGAUCUCCUCCUCUUCCUGCAGGACCACCCCGCCUUCUCCCUGGCGUCCGAGCAGCGCUUCCAGCUCGCCGGGCUGGAGGAGGUGUGCCUGCUGCCACCAGCAGACGACGGGGCCAGCCUGGAGAAGGAGGCGCGGCGCUGGGCCACGCGAGUGGCCCGGGACCACAAGAACAGGGCACACAGCGAGGAGGUGCUGCAGCGGCUGGAGGCCAGGCGGCAGCAGGGGCCGGAGGCGGAAGCAGCAGCUGUGGAGCGGCAGAUGGAAGAAGCCAGGGAGAACAUCCGGAAGGCGGAGGUGAGCCGAGUGAAGGCCGAGGCACGGCUGGCACUGCUGCGGGCGGCAGGGCUGGAUGUGGAUGCCUGGCUGGCCGGGGCCAUGGUGGGGACAGGCGAGGAGACCCCCACAGGGCUGGACCCGGCCGAGUUCGAUGACUACGAGGACAGCGAUGAGCCGGACGAGGACGAUGAGCCUGGGCCUGCUGCUCGCACCUACCCCUACACCUGCCGGGUGAUUUUUGGCUACCAGGGCUGCCAGGCGGAUGAGCUGUCCAUCAGCCAGGGCGAGGAGCUGGAGAUCAUCGAGGACGGUGACGCAGAGGAGUGGGUGAAGGCUCGGAACAAGGCAGGGCAGGUCGGCUACGUCCCCGAAAAGUACCUGCUGUCCCUGGGGUGUGACUCGGGGGCUGGGCUCGGCCCCCCGGGCCCCUCUGCCUUGCACCGCCAGCUCUCCAGCAUCAUGGCUGCAGAGCUGGUGCUGGAGCCUGGAGCCUGGCUGGUGCGAGCCCUGUACGACUAUGAGGGGCAGAGCCCCGAGGAGCUGAGUUUCCCCGAGGGGGCCAUCAUCCGCGUGCUGCCCCGUGCCGCCGGCGAGGUGGACGACGGCUUCUGGACCGGCGACUUCGACGGCCGCGUCGGCGUCUUCCCCUCCUUGGUGGUGGAGGAGCUCACUGGGGCCCGGGAGGCGGCCGGGCAGGAGCUGCCAUCACCAUCCCCUCCGCCCUUCUCCCCUCCUGGCCUCGCGCCCGGGGCCAGCCUGGUCCCCAGCCCUGCUCCUGAGACAGCGCUGGGAGGUUGUUGGCAGGAUGGCACGGGCAGCGGGCAGAGCUCUCCGGACCUGGCAGCCACCCGCCUGCGGCCGGUAAGCCACAUCACCGGGAUGCUGGUACCCCAAAACCUGCCCCAGCCCUUCUGUAAUGGAGCCACCCAUUUGUUUUGGGGGGGUCUGAAGGGGGAUGAGUGGCCUCAGCACGUUGGCACCACUUCUCUCCCUCUCCCCUUCCCUCUCCUCUCUCUCUCCGCAGCUCCGUGCGCCGCCCCCUCCGCCCGGCAGAGCCCCCGAGCCCGACCCCGAGCUUCACUUCAGCUGACCCUGUGGGUCCCCCCAGCUCCCUGUCCCCCAAAAAGCUUUGCCCAAGCAAACCCCCACGGGCUGCUGUCCCAGCAGCAGGGGCUGCUGCUGCCCUGUGCCCCGAGCUGGUCUCUCCAGGGGCUGCAUCCUGCCCAGUGCUGCUUGCAGAGUGGUCCUGCAUCCCAGUACAGCACCCAGAACCCCUUUUUUGGGGUGCCCAGUGCCACAGCCAGGCCCCAUUUCACCCUCCCUCUUGCCUCUGCCCUUCCCGCCUGGCAUCGCCCGUGCACCCCCAGCACAGCCCCGGUUCCUGGGGGGCUCAUCCCUGGACCCUGCCGGCCCCCACAGCACCUCCCCACAGGCAGGAGUGGCCUGGGGGGCUGUUCCAAAUAAAUCCAGCUGUCCCUGGCGAGGGGUUCAGCAGCUUUAA